AUGGAAGUCUCCUUCUCCCCUGGCUCGGUGCUGCAAGCUCAGCUUGCCAGUGCGUGUGCGCUGUUCCAGAAACUGGCCACGGACAAACCUCCACUGUUGGAUUUUCUCCAAUAUGAUGACCAGCCGUCUUGUCUUCCACCACGAGCCUUCCUGGAAGCCUUCAUCGACACAUACUUUACCGAGCUCAGUUCAUUGCUCCCCAUAUACGACCGACAGAGCGUUCAGACGGCCAUGCGGACUCAGUACGAAAUUCUGGACGUUCCUGAUCCAGCCUGGAUUGUAUCGCUCAACAGCAUCCUCCUUCAGACAUUGGAAGGAAAGUCCACUGCAGCGAAGAAGACGGGCAUGAUACCUUUAGAAGCGGGCCUUAUCACCCACCUAUUGCAGAAUAUCCGGCGAUGCUUCAACAAUCUCCAAAGGCUACUAGAACCGCGUAUGGCAAAUGUGCAAGCCCUCUUGAACCUGGCUUUGGUUGCUCUCAGGUACUUCCACUUUACAUUAUUCGAGACUGUCUUCACCCAGGCCUGUGAGCUCGCCAAGUCGAUGGGGCUACACCGGAGCAUGGGCAAGCCAUGCGCUGAGGGUCGGAAUCUGUUCUGGUCUCUCUUCAUUAUAGAUAAACACACAUCCCUGAUAACCGGCACACCAUGCCUCUUGCCAUCCUAUGACGUUGGUAUCCCGCUUCCCACCAGCUCCGGCAUUCUACUCAGCGAUCAAUCCGAUGCGCGCAUCUCCCUCGCUCGGAUUCAUGAAAGAAUCUCUCGCAGUCUUUACGCCGGUAUUCCGUGCGUCAGUCGGAAAUGCCUGAGGCGGCGUGCCUAUAAGCUUGUUCGACGCCUCAACGACUGGACCACCCAGCACAGUCACAUUCUCUACCCCCCAGCCAGCACCACCACUACUGCACAGCAGGCCAUCGAACUCCGAUACGCCCUCUGCAUCUGCCAUGUGCUAGUGCAGCGCUGUAUACCUGCCUCGGAGAGUCGCCAGAUUCGACUUGAGCAUGCUCGCACGGGGCUACAGCUUCUUCAGGAACUGUGUGAGGGAUACCAUCCGGGAGACAGCAUUUCCGGCUUCGCCAUCUUUGAAAGCAUCUUACUACGUUACCCCAUUGUCCCCUUUCUCGAAGUCUACAUCCACCUCCUCAACCCCGAAGACAAUGACAGUCCAGCUGUCGUGACUUCCGAUGUCAAUGCCCUGGUUUUCUUCGCCACACGUGCGGAGUGUCUUGCUACAAACGCUUGUGAAGGCUCUCUUGCCGAUACUGUCCGCUCUAUAUCUCGGCUAUGUAGUCAGAUUGCUACUUCGAUUCUUCAGCAGAACCGGCGUCUUCAAGCACAAACAACAACACCAAAUAACUAUUGCAUUGACGAUGGCGGCAUAAGUGUCUGGGAUUAUGAUAUCGGAAUGAUGAUGGAUGGGCAUGGUAGCUACCAUAGAUACGAUGAUGUGUGGUGUCAAAUGUUUCUGUAA